AUGACGAAAAGAUUCAAGGCGGUUUUCUUCGACUUCAUGGGAACAUGCCUCGACUGGCACUCAAGUGUGCUCCAAUCUUGGCCGUCUUCAAUCCCCAGAGAUGAGGCUUCUAAGUUCACGUUAGAAUGGCGCAGACAAUACUUCAUCGAAAACAACGCAAGAUUCCUCCAAGACCUUCCCCCAGAAAACAUCGACGUAACGUUGAACCGCGUUCUCGAAAGUAUCUUAGACAGGCUGCCACAACACAUAGCAAUCUUUGAUACCUCGACCAGACAAAAGAUGAUCGAUGCAUGGCACUCUCAGUCCGCAUGGCCAGAGGUGCAGGAGGCUAUACGAAGCGUUAGGCAAGAUUUCGGGCUUGAAGUCUUCGUGCAUGCAAACGGCACGAGUCGGCUACAACUAGACCUUUGUCGUUCUUCAGGGCUGAAAUUCGACAUGCUUUUCUCAAGCCAAUUGUUGGGUCUUUACAAACCCAACCUAGGAGCCUACAGAAAAGCACUUGAUCUUAUAGAUGCUAAAGCGGAGGACGUCCUCAUGGUUGCAGCACACGCCUACGAUCUGAGGGCGGCCCAGGAGAUGGGAAUGAAGACAAUCUACAUUCAUCGUUGGACGGACGAUAUCGAUGAAGACAUGGGUGAAGUGAAGAAUGAGUUCGACGUAUUCCUCGAGGGCAUGAAGAACUUGCCUGACGCUAUCAAGAAGGUGUCAGGCGGGAGCCAAGAGAUAUAG